GCAGUUUAUGCUGUACUUUAUUUGCUCCGUGUUGUAACUUGGGGAGUCAUGUGUUUGUGUAUUGCUUGGGUUUAGUCUGGCUGUUGUAUUUCCUUGUAUUUCUGACCUUAUUGUUAAAAUAAUGCAGCUUUGGUGUAUUGCGGCUCUUCUUUUGUGGCCUGCCAUUGGCACGGAUGGAAAAGCGGUCCCAUCCCUACCUGAUUUUGGGAAGAACUAUCAUGUUAAAGGAGUGAUCUCUCUGCCCUACGCUGAGAUUACAGAGCCAUUUGAGGCCUGGUUAGACCUGACGGCAAAGUCCAGCCGAAUAGACUUCUACCAUGGCCAAGUUUCGACCUAUCAGCUGGGCUCUACGCAACCAUUUGGAGUUGCCUACAAAAUCACUCCUGAGACCACAGAGGUGGAGAAGAAUGUGAUGAAGUGCUUCCAGGUUAAUGGAACAAAGGAAGAAGCAGUCACACCACAGGCAUCACUGCCUGAUGUGCAGGGCUUCCAGUUCCUGAGAAUGGAGUACUUUGGAGGUUCCCUGUGUGAAGUGUGGCAGAAUGUGACCACAGUGGGUCACAAGAAGAACACGUACACUCUGUGGGUGUCGCAUUCAGAGGGAAGUGCAGACGACAUUGCCACUCCUCUCCAUUAUGAGAUGAUGGGAUACAACACACUGCUGGGGUCCCACUAUGACAAGUACAUGGUGGAUUACAAGGAGUUCAGCACUCAUGUGGACCCCAAAUCCUUCUCAUUGCCUGAAGGGAUGACUUGUGGGGGAUUUCCUGGUCCAGGAGUGGAGCACCACAUGUUGGCCAAUCCGAUGAAAGAUCUCAUCCACACCUCAGCAUCAGGACACUCACAGAAAAUGUUCCACCACUUCAAGGAGAAGUUCCAGCGUCAGUACAGUGAUGAAAAAGAGCAUGAGAUGAGGGAGCAUGCUUUUUGUCAUAAUCUCAGAUAUGUCCACUCCAAGAACAGAGCUGGUCUGUCCUUCUCCCUGGCUUUGAACUCCCUGUCAGAUCGCACCAUGUCGGAACUGGCAACCAUGAGGGGAGGUAAACGAGGAAAGACCCCAAACAGAGGGCUGCCCUUCCCCACCAAAAUCUAUGAAGGGGUGAAAGUGCCUGAGUCGCUUGAUUGGAGGCUUUAUGGUGCCGUGACUCCAGUGAAGGACCAGGCCAUCUGUGGGUCUUGCUGGAGUUUUGCCACCACUGGAGCAGUAGAGGGCGCUCUCUUCUUAAAGACGGGCUCCCUGCAGGUUCUGUCUCAGCAGAUGCUGGUGGACUGUUCCUGGGGCUUUGGCAACAAUGGCUGCGAUGGAGGGGAGGAGUGGAGAGCGUAUGAGUGGAUCAUGAAACACGGAGGCAUCACCACGACAGAAACUUAUGGAGCCUAUAUGGGAAUGAAUGGAUUUUGUCAUGUAAACGCAUCCACUCUUACUGCACGGAUCCAGAGCUACACUAACGUCACUUCGGGUGAUGCGGACGCCCUUAAGGUGGCUCUCUUCAAGAACGGGCCAACUGCCGUCGGUAUUGACGCAUCACAUCGAUCAUUCACUUUCUACAGUCACGGCGUCUACUACGAACCUGCUUGUGGUAAUACCACAAAUGACCUGGACCAUGCUGUGCUUGCAGUGGGAUAUGGCACUUUGAAUGAUGAGCCGUACUGGUUGAUAAAGAACUCUUGGUCCACCUACUGGGGCAAUGACGGCUACGUCCUAAUGUCUAUGAAGGAUAAUAACUGUGGAGUCACCACUGACGCUACAUAUGUUACACUGGCAUAGAUUGUGCCUGUGCCUUCUAAUAAAUGCUGGAUUCUGUUGAUCCACUCGCUGAGUGCCUGAGGCUAAGUGACGCUUCAUGUUGCUACUGUAUUAAGUGGAACUGACUGAUAAUGUGUUAAUUGUUCCUGGUGAUUGGUGUGAACUGUGAUGUUGUACAACAAAUCCACUUUUCAACUGAAUUUAUUUCUGGAGACACAGCAACAUGAUGUCUUCUUUUCUCAAAAACAAGGUACAUUUUGUGACACAUUUCCACAUACAUUCAAAUGCAUUAGACAAGAAAUCAUUGCAAUAAAACAAAAGUUUUCCAUUU